GUUAAUGGAAGAGCUUGAACACAUGCAGAAUGUUGACCUGGCCCACAGAAGGCGGACCGUUGCCCAGAUGCCCCCGCAACUCUUUGAACCGACCUAUAGACGUGUGGAAAUCAAAGAAGAAUGGCAGAGGGAUCUGGAGUGCGCCUUUGAAGACAUGUACACUGGAAACAUGAAAAUGAAAGGAGAUCUUAUUUUGCACCUUGAUCCACAGCCUUUGCCAGCUCCCUCCGAUGCAUCUCAAGACGAUGAACUAGAACUUUCCCAGGAACCAGAACCUGUAUGUGACUUGCCUCCAAGAUUGGAAAGUGAGAUGGAGGGCAAUGAGCCAAGCG